AUGUCACCGUUUAAAAGAAAACCAACAGCUGAUAAAGCUGUUGUAAGUGGUGGUGAUUCGUCUAUGUUUGAUAUAACACUUGAUCAACUUAAAGAACUUAUGGAAGUACGAGGAAAAGAUUUAAUGGAAAAACUUAAUUCAUCUGAAUAUAAUGGUGUUAAAGGAAUAUUAACAAAAUUAAAAGUUGAUGGUAAUAAAGGUCUUGAUUCAAAUAAUCAGCAAGAUUUUGAACAACGUCGUACAGCUUAUGGAAAAAAUGAAAUACCACCUAAACCAAUGAAAACAUUUUUCAGAUUAUGUUGGGAUGCACUUCAUGAUAUGUUAUUAAUUAUAUUAUUAAUAUGUGCUGUUGUUUCAAUUGGUCUAUCAUUUUAUAAAGCACCUAAAGAAGGAGACGAUGGAAAAGAAGAUGAACCAAAUAUUGAAUGGAUUGAAGGUGUAGCCAUUCUUGCUGCUGUUCUUGUCGUUGUAAUUGUAACUGCGUUCAAUGAUUGGCGAAAAGAACGUCAAUUUCGUGGAUUACAAAAUGAAAUUGAAAAAGAUCAACAAGCAUCUGUUAUACGAGAUAAUGUUAUAAAACAAAUUCCUAUUGCAGAACUUGUUGUUGGUGAUCUUUGUUUUAUUAAAUAUGGUGAUCUCGUACAAGCUGAUGGCUUAAUUAUUCAAUCAAGUGAUCUUAAAAUUGAUGAAUCAUCUAUAACAGGAGAAACGGAUUUAACGAAGAAAAAUGAGACAGAAGAAAUUGGAUGUUUAUCAGGCACACAUGUUAUGGAAGGUAGUGGUCGAAUGGUUGUUGUUGGCGUUGGUCUUAAUUCACAAGUCGGUAGAAUUAUGAGUUUACUUGGUGCAACAGAAGACGAUUCUAAAAAGAAAAAGAAAAAAUCUCCAAAACCUAAAUCAUUAUCAUCAUCAAAAGUAUAUCCUGAUAAAUCGGAACAAAAUGAAAAUGAACAUAAUACUGACACGGUACAUAUAGAAAAUGAAAAAAAUCAAUCAACAAAAAAACAUCCACGUAUUCAUAAAUUAUUGUCAUUAAACCAAAAAAAAGAUAAUGAACAAGACAUGAAACCAACGAAAAAAGAAAAUCAUAAUAAUAAUAAUGAACAAGAAAAGAAAUCAAAUAAUGAUGAUAAACAAAAGAAAAAAUCUACUGAUAGUGAUGAUGAAGAACAAAAGAAACAAUCGCAAGCAAAUAAACAAAAACAAGUUAAUAAUCAAUUAACAAUAGCAUCAUCUAUGGAACGAAAUGCUCCGAAUGACAAUAAAAAUAAAUCCGAAGAGAAACCAGAAAAUAGUCAAAAUACUAAAGAAGAUACUGAAAAGAAACCGACUGAAUUAGCUGAAGCUGCCAAAAAUGAUGAUAAUGAAAAAGGUGAAUCAAAGGAUACUAAACAUAAAUCUGUUCUUCAAACAAAAUUAACAAAAUUAGCUCUUUAUAUUGGUUAUAUUGGUAUGGCUGCUGCUCUUUUAACAUUAGUUUGUUUAAUUAUUCGUUUCUGUAUAACAACUUAUGUUGUUAAAAAACAAAAAGCCAAAGCAAGUGAUGUUAGUUAUUUUAUUUCAUUUCUGAUUCAAGCUAUUACCGUCGUUGUUGUUUCAGUACCAGAAGGUCUACCAUUAGCUGUUACACUCGCUCUUGCCUAUGCUGUUCGAAAAAUGAUGACCGAUAACAAUCUUGUCCGACAUUUAGAUGCUUGUGAAACAAUGGGCAAUGCAUCAACAAUAUGUUCAGAUAAAACAGGAACAUUAACAACAAAUCGAAUGACAGUUGUACAAUGUUAUAUUAAUGGAAAACACUAUGAACAAAUACCAAAACAUGAAGAAAUGAAUCAAGAUUUAUUAGGACUCCUUUUCGAAUCUAUAACUGAAUCAAAAGAAGAUGGUAGUGGUUUACAAAAACAAAUUGGUAAUAAAACUGAAUGUGCUUUACUUGAUUUAGUACGACAAUGGGGUGGAUCCUAUGAUGAAAUUCGUGAAAAAAUUCCUCAAGAUGAUUUAGUUAAAGUAUAUACAUUUAAUUCUGCACGAAAAAUGAUGAGUACAAUAAUUAAACAUGAUGAUGGUUAUCGAUUAUAUACAAAAGGUGCAUCAGAAAUGGUUUUAACUAAAUGUAAAUCAAUUAUUGGUGAAGAUUAUAAAUCAAAAGAUGUAAAUGAUGAUGAAAAAAAUAAAAUAACACAUGAUAUUAUUGAAAAAAUGGCUAAUGAGGGUUUAAGAACAAUUUGUAUUGCAUAUAAAGAUCUUGGCAAAGAAACACAAAAUUGGGAUGAUGAAGAUAAAUUUGUUAAUGAUUUAGUAUGUAUUGCUAUUGUUGGAAUUGAAGAUCCUGUUCGUAAAGAAGUACCAGAAGCUAUUGAAAAAUGUCAAAAAGCUGGUGUUGUUGUUCGUAUGGUAACAGGUGAUAAUCUAACGACAGCUCGUUCAAUUGCAACAAAAUGUGGUAUAAUCAAGCCAAAUGAUGAUUUUCUUGUACUUGAAGGAAAAGAAUUUAAUAAACGUAUUCGUGAUUCAUCAGGAAAGAUUUCACAAGAGAAACUAGAUGAGAUAUGGCCAAAAUUACGUGUUUUAGCACGUUCAUCACCACAAGAUAAAUAUAAUUUAGUUAAUGGUAUUGUAGAAAGUCGAGCAACACAACAUCGAGAAGUUGUUGCUGUCACUGGGGAUGGAACAAAUGACGGACCAGCAUUAAAACGUGCUGAUGUUGGAUUUGCUAUGGGAAUUCAAGGAACAGAUGUUGCAAAACAAGCAUCGGAUAUUAUUUUAACUGAUGAUAAUUUUUCAUCGAUUGUUAAAGCAAUAAUGUGGGGACGAAAUGUUUAUGAUUGUAUUGCAAAAUUUCUUCAAUUUCAACUUACUGCUAAUGUAUCAGCAGCUGCCGUAUCAGUUGUUUCAGCUGCAGCUAUUAGUAGUGUUCCAUUACGCGCUGUUCAAAUGCUUUGGGUUAAUCUUAUUAUGGAUACAUUAGCAUCAUUAGCAUUAGCUACAGAAUCACCAACAGAAGAAUUAUUAAAUCGAAAACCUUAUGGUCGUACAAAAUCAAUCAUAUCACCAUUAAUGUUACGUAAUAUUCUUGGUCAAUCUUGUUAUCAACUUGUUAUUAUGUUUAUUAUACUUUAUGCUGGACAACAUUUUUUGGGUGUUGAAUCAACUGUUGAAAAACUUCAAAAUUAUCCGCAGGCUGGAAAAGAAUUAAGUGCACAAUUUACUAUGGUAUUUAAUGCAUUUGUAUUAAUGACUUUAUUUAAUGAAAUUAAUUCAAGAAAAUUACAUGGUGAAAGAAAUGUAUUUAAAGGAAUGUUUAGAAAUCCAGUUUUCUAUGGUAUUUUGUUAUUCUGUUUUGGUGCACAAAUUAUAAUUGUUACUUUUGGUGGUAAAGUUUUUAGUUGUGCAAGAUUAGAUAUUAAACAAUGGGCAUGGAGUUUCCUUUUCGGUGUUGGAUCACUCAUAUGGCAGCAGAUUCUUUUAUUCAUCCCAGUUGAACCAUUCAGUAAAUGUUUUUCAGCUUUAUAUCGUAUUUGUUGUCCAUGUUGUUAUAAAAAGCAAAAGAAAACACAUGGAGAAGAAGACGAAACAGAAUAUGGAAAAUCUGAUAGUAAAAGUGACACGAAACGAUUAACGAAAAAGAUUGAUGAACAUGAUCGAGAUGAUAUUGGUGGUGAAAUAAUUUCGAAAUAUUCUACAAUUGGUCAGUUAACUAAUGCAACAGUUGUUACUGAACCACCGCCAGCAUUUGCUAGAUUUAUGCUACGAAAAAGUGUUGAUCGACUUCAUUCAGAGUUUCGAGCUAUAACUCAAUUUCGAUCACGACUCGAAGAAGUUCAAAAGAAAAGACGUGAAGAUGCUAUUGAACAUAAACGCCAUAGUCAAGAUAAUAUUCUUGAUGCAUAA